AUGGGGGAAGAGACGGUGACUGUGAUGGUGGAUCGAUGGGGAUAUCCGGUAAGGACGUCGUCGGAGGCCUGCAUCUCCGCCAUCAACGCCUACUACAACCAGGUCAGCGCCUCCCCUCGCCCUCGCCCUCGCCCUCGCCUUCACCUUCGCCCCCGGCGAUGACCGCCGAUUCCGCCUCUUUUGCUGGUACAUUCUGCCUCUGCUGGUGUUGAUGCUGAUGGAUCUACGGAUGACAUUGAAUGAAGGUUCUCUCUUAUGGGAGGAAUCGGAAGGUGAUCCUCGAGGCGGCGCGGGGGGAUCCGGAGUGCGUUCUGGCCAACGUCCUGGCGGCGCACUUCGCCUCCUCAAAAAUGCCUUCCGCCACGUCGUCGUAUCUCAAUUCUGCCGCUUCUCGCCUGGUGAGCGACGUCCUCCUUCCUGGAACUGUUACCUCUCGAUUAAUCCUUGCGGCCACCGUCUGUCUCUUGUUGUUUCACAUGUAUGGAGCCUUUUUCUUUCCCCUGUUUGGUUGAAGGAGAGCGCCACUUCGUAUGAGAAAGCGGUUUUCAGAGCAGUCUCCUGCUUGCUGUCAGAGGACAGGGACGACGAGGCUGCCGUCAAAAUCCACAGCGAGGUAAUCGCCAAUGAUAGUUUUUCCGUGCUCUCCUUUCUAUUAUGGUUCUGUAUCUUCGUCGUCCGGUAGAAUCAGGCUGCUCCAGUCGGCAAAAACCCAUCUCUCAUUCUCGCAGUCAUUAUCGCGGAUCUAGUUUUGUGGUGUUCAUUUCAACGUUUUACGUAGGCAAGGAGGUUCCAAUCCAAAAUUUUCCAUUCCUAUUCGUAUGUAAACGAUCCCAAUGGUCACCGUUUUUGAAAAAGGUUCUCAUACGGAUCAGAUUCUUUGCAGCCUGAAGAAACAUUUACCGGAAAACGGACGAUUGAUAUAUUCUCACUUCUUAGGUUAGGAGACAUCACCAUUUCAUGCUAUUUCCUAAACUAAAUGUCAUGUUUGCGAAGGGAUAGCCUCUUUUUCCCACCCUAGUAGCUUUUCUUUCACUGAGUUUUCUAAAAUUUUCUUCAAUAUGACUUGGAGCCAUAGCCAUCAAGUUGAUGGAUCCCUUCUGCAUUGGAGGAGAUAUAGUUCUGAUCUUGUGCAUGACAUGAUAUUCCUCAUGAUAAGCCAGUUGGUACUCAUUCAUAAUCUGGCAAUAAGAAAUGAAGCUCAAUCCUUUCACUCCUCUAUCAUUUUCAUUGUUCAUAAGUGAUUGAUUCCGUAGCAAAACUCUCAACCUAUCACUAAGACUUAAAAGCAUGGACUGGCAUUGGAUGAGUCAAAUGUAAUUUGAUUGGCUAGAUCUUGCUAUUAUUUCAUGAGUUGUUGGAUUAGAUGUUCGAAUUUAUGUAAUUGUCUCAAUAGUGUUGUAGUGUAGGGUUUUGUGCAGCCCAAGAUUAGGUGAUUCUUAUCUUGGGCAACUCAUUUUUUUCAUUGUGGAGAAAAAAACAAUCCAAGAUCGAAUCACGUGGAAAAAACAUAGUAUGAGUUUCGGAAGUUGGUUUUUUUAUGAAAGAACAUAGAUUUUCUGAUGUCAGCCAAUUUUCAUUUAAUUUGUACCCCAUAUCCAUGUUUAUCUUUCCCAUUAGUGGCUGGUUAAAGCUAGUCUUGAUUGAUUAUGUUCAUGCUUGGAUGGCUAGCAUAUCUUUCCCAUUAGUGUGUAGAGAUGAUGUCUCAAAGUUGUAAUGAUCAAUGUUAGAUCUUCCAUUGUUUAUGAAUUGGUGGGUUUUUGUCUGGGAUAAUGCCUAUUGUCAUGGACCUUUUCUUUUCUAAAAUAGGAUGGUGCUGCAUAUGUUUUAAUUUUUGACAAUAAAGGGUGGCAAGUCAACUAUCAAGCUAAAAGGGAAUUAUAUCACAAUGAAGGGUGCCAUAAAAUCCUUAUAGCAUCAAGUUUGACAUUUAUUACUCUAUGAAUUUUACAUCCCAAAGGUUAGAAUGCAGUACAUCAUUAGAGAAAAGAAAUUAGCUCUUUUUUUAAAAUGAUCUUUUGGGAUUCGGAUACAGCCUUUGAACUAGGUUAGGUUAGAAUUACUCUUACUUUUUUGUUUCAUUAUACGUCAACAUUGUGUGUUCUAUGUUCAUGUUCAGAUGAGCUGCAUCAACAAGUAGUUAGAACAGUAUUUUGCCAAAUUUAGACUGCCAUUUUUGUGGAGCUGUAAAAGUUAUAUUGGGUGAGAGAAUCCAACCAAAUACAAGGAGAUUAGAUGAUUUUCAACUGUGCUGCCUAAUUUUUCAAACCUUAGUUUAGAUGUUGAUGCAAUCAAAUGAUCUUUUCAAAGAAUCUACAAGACAAUUUCGCUUCUACUCAAAAUUUUGUUCUCUAAGAUUUUCACAAGACUUGUUGUCGAAAUUAAAUGUGGUAUGUUAUGUUAUUGUCUAGUGUUGAAAUGAAGGCAUCAUGAUAGAGGCAAUGUUAAAGUGAAUAUAAUAUGUCAAUUCUUUGUGAUUUUCUCAUCUUUAUUUUAUCUUUUGUUGUAAUUUCUAUCUAGUAAAUAAUUAUGUUGAACACACGAGACAUCAACUACUUAUAAAAGUAAACUUUUGAGUUCCUUUUUCAUUGUAUUUUGUAGGUCUGUGUUCUGUCACACUAAUUUGACCAUGUUUCUAUUCUAUGACUAUUUUCGCAGGUUUUAAAAGAGUUUCCGAGGGACCUUGUCUCAUUGAAGAGAGCUCAAAUACUAUGCUUUUACAUUGGUCGGCCUGAUUUAUCAUUUAAGCUUGUUGAACAGGUUGGAUGAGCUUGAAAGGCUACCUAAUACAACUAUUUAAAUUUGGGUAAACCAAUAGGUUAUAAACUUAUUUUAUGGUUUUGUUAUUUGGGUUAGAGCACCUCUUAGUUUAACUUUUGAUUUGGGUUUUACAUGCCUCUGAUAUCCAUGCCAUGUAUUUAGGGCCUGAGCUUUCUACGAAGGGAUAAUGCAUUUUGUUUCAUAAUUUCAUAGAUCAUGGUCAUUUCUUAAAUUGUUUGACGCAUUAAGAAAGAGGGCAUUCACAAUGGUUUGUAGUUAACAUGACAAUGUAAGGCUAGUGAUUACUAUUUGAACUUGAUUAUUUUAUCCUCUGAUUUCUAGCUUCAAUUUUCAAGAUUUUUUUGUUCAUGUUAUUUGUUAAAUCAUAUUUUUACUAUAUCAUUGAAAAUAUUUGCUCCUAUGCUUUUAUUGUCAUGCAAACUAUAUGUUCUCAUGUUGUCGUUCACAUGUUAUUAAAUAGGCAUUAACUCAAAAUGAGCAAGUGGGAUAUAUCCAUGGAAUGCGCGCUUUUGCAUUACUAGAGCUUGGGAGAAUGUCUGAUGCUGAGAAGUCUGCAUGGAGAGGAUAUGCACUUAAUAAGGAUGACUUUUGGGCACAACAUAAUGUAAGUCAACUUUCAACUGUGCAAUAGCACACCUAAUAAGUAUAUCCUAUUUGUUUGUAUGCUGAGCACAUGGAUCUUUGCGGAAUGUAGUAGAAUACACCUGAUAGUGGUUUUUAAUGUGUUUUCUUACCAUUUGAGUUAGAGAAGUAAUCAGUUUCAUAUGCAGUAGUUAUGUUUAAAGUUGUGAUUUGGUGAAAUAUUCAAAUUUCUCAAUGACUUGUGUUUAACUAAUAACAUAAGCUAUUGUGCUUGCUGAUUAUAAUUCGUUUGUUCUAACAUUUAUAAAUGUGGUUUUUAUUCAAAGUCCAAAAUGCUUCAAAAGAGCUGAAACAAUCAUAUAUUUAUCAACAAAUGGUUCUAAAUUUGAUUAUUGCCUCAAAUUUUUCCUAUUAGAAUCAUUGGGUCAUAAAAUUGAAAACCAACUAGCAAUACACCUCCCUACAAUUAGAAAUAUGGAGCUAUCUAUACUAUCUUCAUUUUACAAGUUCUUGUAAGCUUAUAAAUCCCUAGUAUCCCUGAAAGGUAGCAAGAAAUAGGAAGACAAACCUUUUCUCUAGUUCAUUUGUCCAACUUUUUAUGUUCCUUACUAUCAUGUUUUAGAAAUACGUAAGUAUCAACUUAGUCCUACAACUAAUUUAUUAUCUCUUAAAAUAUCAGGCUAAUGUUGAGGCUACUCCAUAUGUGGUUGUCUUCAUUCUUAGCUUAGUUCCAAGGCAAUUUCCAUAGUAUAUAUUUUUGGUAACUUUACAAAGGUCCACAUGACAUAUGCAUAUUUGUAGCAGCUAAUUGCCCAAGGGCAUCGUGUCAAGAGAAGUUGAAUCUAAAAAGUGAGAUGAAUCAUGAUAAGUUGCAUCAUAAAAGCUUAGUUACCUAAAGUGAAGAAACAACAAAAGGCAUUGUUAGAGAGAGGGUAAACAUAGAUGUAGGUUGUAAUUUGGUUCAACACAAUGACUUAUUUGAUUUGUGAGAAAUAGAUGCAGUUGCACAACCAAUUGGGCAUUCAUUGAAUUUUCUUACAUUUUUACUAUUGAUCUCUGCAUGCUCUGUAGUUAUGUCUUUUUAUGUCAUAAUGUCUCUUUUAUUGACCUGCGUAUGUACUUUUUGAAUUUCUUUGCAGUUAUGCCAUGUCUUACAAAAUGAUUGCCGUUUCAAGGAGGCUGUAGAUUUCAUGGAAGCAUGUUCUCCUUCUUGGGUGGAUUGUUGCUCAUUUAUGUAUGUUUUUUCUACAUUACUUAAUGGCUUGUUUCUAUGCGACCUUGGUAUGAGAAAAAGUGGAUCAUUUUUCUAGGUACACCCAUAAUUGGUGGCAUGUUGCUGUAUGUUAUUUGGAAGGCCAUUCUCCAUUAGAAAAGGUCAUUGAGAUUUAUGAUCAUUAUAUCUGGAAAGAGUUAGAGAGGAAUGAUGCUGAUUGUGAAGAGGUAUUUUUUAAAUUAUUCAAUGUAGUAACCUUAAAUUAGAACAUUUAUACUUCUCUCAAGUUUUUAGGUGUAUGUGAAUGCUCUAGGUUUGUUAUUGCGGGUCGCCAUACGUGGUCAAAUGAAGUGUAUAAGAGAUCGGGUAAAAAUAGUGGCAAGUAAAUUUAUGACAAAGGUAUAUGCUUAUUACAUAAUAUUUUCUUAGAAAAGCUCUUUUUUGGAAAAUAUAAAGCACUUUCAUACUCGCUCUGAUAUCAUCCAAGUUGUCAUCAUCAUCCAUCAAAUCUCAAUAAAUUCUGGUCAGGAGGGACAAAUUACUCCAUUGUUUACAUUCUCUAUAGAAUUCUUAUUAGCUUUAUCUCAUUACACUUCUUUCACUUGAUUUAUUUGUAUUUCUCAAUCUAUUCAUGGUUGAUACUUGAAAAGAUGAAAUUUUUUAUGCAUGGUAUAUAACUUAAUUGUCUUAAUCUCUCUUCAGUUUUUCUAUUGUUCUACCUUUGACGACAUACCUUUCUCUGCAUAUAAUAUUUUUUAGUUUAGUGUGAAAUUUUUGGAGAAUCUAUUAAGCUCUAUUGUUGCAAGGAGUUACGAUUCUUAACUUUUGGUACAUGGGAUAAUUUUUUCUCAUUCUUGGGAAAACCUAUAUGAUUACUUUUAUUAACAUUGAAUUUUACCAAAUGUUCCUCAUAAGUUCUUGAUGAAUAUAUUUGUUGUUGUAUGUAUGUUUCUCAUGAAAAAAUACUUUGUGUUUCUAGACCUUUUAUUAGGUCGAACCCUUUUUCCAAUAUGAAUGAGUUUACUUGUUAAAGACUAUCACUUGAAAUGUUGACAUUAAUUAUGGCAAUUUCUCUGCCCUCUCUUUAAUUGUAUGUGAAUCGACUUAACAUGAUGCUGAUGGAAUAAAUGGGUUGUGUUGAAUCGAAAUAUGUUUACGUUAUAGUCAUUGUUAAAUUUUUGUUACUUUACUAAAUGGGAUAAUAUAUAUCCAUAUAAACAUAUCCCUCACAUUAAUCAAGUUCAUAUGAAAUGUUGGGUUAUGGAUUCAUUGAAUCAUAUUCUAAGUCUAUGAUGGUAAAGUGAGUUUAAAUCAAUGACUCUCCAUAGGAUACAAAACUUUUCUAAGAUAAUGAUUCACAUCUCACAUCAGACAAGCCUUGCGAGGGGAACAUUUUUCUUUAAAUGUAUAAGUUUUGAUUGGUUACCUAAUUAUCAUGGAUCAAGUACAUUCAACAUUUCUAAUGAUAUCUAUAAUCAAUUGAGAAAUGUUGCUUUACAUGGUGUUUGCAGUCUCAUUGGCAUGUGGAGUGGUUGCUUGAUAUCUUAGCAAUCUGGGCCUUGGCUUGUACAAAGGAAAUAAAGAAAGCAAAAGAUUUACUCGACUCUAUGAAAUUCAAGUAAGAUGGGCAUGUGUAUUGGAUUUCAUACAAUAAAUUUUUCUUCUAUGAGACUUUAAGAUGUCCUUAUUUUUUAGGGUUUCUUAUUUGAAUAAGAAGAAACAACAUCCACUCCAAAAAGGAAUAUUGGUUUGCAAGUCUUCACUCUUUCUAUUGACUUGUUGCCUUUUAUAGUUUAUUUUGAUUCAUCAUUCAUUAGAUAUUUUUAUGUAAAGAUAAUUUCAGUUUUUUGGAUUAAUUAGUCAACAACGUGUAGUAUAGAAUUAUUUUGACUUUUCAAUUUUUGAUUGUGUUUUUUUUUGUCUAUUGUUCUACCUUGCAUUCCCAAGUUAUUUGUCUAUUUUUGUGCUUCAUGGAAGUUAUUAUAGUAAUUUUUUGUCGUUGUUAUGCUAACAGUAACAAGAAAGUAGAGUAUGAUUGAAAAAGCAUGACGAUGAAGAAUAAAACUCAAUAUGUAGAUAUGGUUUUAAGAUAGAAAAUCAGUGAGAGAAAUGAGGUUAAAUCAAUGGUUAGUUGGUGUGUGUGGCUUCAUGUAAGACUGUCAUAUAGAUAACCUUGUAAUCUUCAACAACACCUUACGAAUCCCCAAUCUCACAAAGAGAUGAUCCAUGAUCUCUUAAGAAACACAUAAUGCAUUUGAUUUUGACAUUAAUAUGCAUAAUUUCCUGUGGUUUUUGUUGUCUUCUAGUGUUUAUUGUCUGUGAGCACUUGCUUUCUUCCUUGUGUAUUGUUUGACUUUCUUCUGAUAAGAUUAUAUCAUCUAUAGAUUUCAUACUUCUAUAUAUAUAUAGGAAGAGAGGGAGAGAGAUGUAAUAUUUUUGUCAUUGAACAAUAGUCUAGUAGACAUAAAAUCAAUUUAGUUACUCUUAUUCUGACCCAAUGAACUUCGUAUAUCAUCGUUCAGUUGAAUCUAAGAUGUCUAAUGAGAUCACUCUAAAUUUGGUAGUAAUCUUAACUUUUUGUGAAAUAAAUUGUGUGAAAUUUUGUGCCCACCAUCCUCAACUCAGAUUAGUAAUUUUCAGGUAUUUAAAUUCCUUAAAGGUAGAUUUUUUUGCCCACGUAUCUGUCCAAAUGUAUCAUUUCCCUCUAACAAUGUAUCAUUUUUGUAGAUAAUUGCCAUGUUGCUCCCCCCAUUGCAAGAACCUUUACUCUGUGCAAUCUCAAAUGUAUCAUGUUUGAUGUUUUCAUUCAAUCGCUGUUUGUGCUUCUAGUUUUUGUUAGAGGGUUUUCUCAUCACGAAGAUCAUCUAAACAUCAUUCAUGUGAUAAUUUUUUGAUUUCUAAAUUAUGAUCAUAGUUUUUAUAAGUGUGUGUGAGGGGGUAGGGAUAUUGUAAUAGUAUGGGGGUAUUUUUGGGAAUGAUCAUGUAAGGUUCCAUCCCCUAUUUAAGAUAAAGGUCAACAAAGGGUAAGUAGGCCAAUUUUCUGCCACUUCUACCCCCUCCUUAGUCCCACAAGAUAGAAAAGUUCUUCUUUCACUCUUGCACAAAUCAAUCCUAUUUGUAAUGUUUUUAUGAAAGACAAUGGGAUGUAGAGGGUCAAUGAUCAUUUAAUAAAAUUAAGUAUUGUUUCAUCAAAAUUCUAUGGCAUAUAGUUAGUUCAAACAAAAUAAAGUGUUGCUUUGUUUGCUUGAAGUUCAUUACUUUAUGUAGAAGAGAAAUAUAAAAUUAUUGUACUUACUUUACCAUGUUUAUUAUUUAUGUACAUAAGUUUUUAUGGAGUGAACAAUGGAUUCAAUGAACAUACUUCUUUGAUCGUCAGCUUGCAGAAGCCUUGUUUGAAUAUGGGAUAGCCAAUUACCAGAAUGCCUUUGACAUGCUUGGACCAAACUUUGAUGCCAUUGACUAUAAGGUACCUUUGUUUAGAUUCCAUUUGAAUAACUAUCAAUUAAUUUUUUCUAAUAACAAAAUGUGUCUCCACCAGAUGAUUGGUGCCUCUGAUGAACAGCUUGAUGUGUUUAAUGAAGUUUGGUAUACUAUUUUAUUAAAUGCUGGACAUGCCAACAAAGGUACGUGGAUUUGAUUUAAAUGUUUUUCAUGAAAUUUAGUUUUAAUUCCUUUGAAAUUUCCCUCCAUAUUACUGUAAAGUAGCCUCGACAUUAUUGUAAUAAUGUCUUAUUUUUGCUUUGCAUUCAAUUACAUCAAAUAUUUAUUUAUUCUUAACCAUACUUUGAGACAUAUAAGUUUAUUUUCUUAUUUGUGGCCAUAGCGAUUGAAGCAAUUGAGAAAAAAGUUAGGCAAAGGGAAGGAGCUCCAUUCUUGUGGCAGUUGUUGGUAGUUUCUAUUUUCUUAUUUUCUAUUUUAUUUUUAAUAUUUUUAUAUGGUGCAUCUACUUGUCAAUUUGGUCAUGUUUAUGUUCCUUUUUAUGGUACAAGGAUUAAGGAGACCACUUGAUCUAAACCCUCUCUCUCUCUCUCUCUCUCUCUCUCUCUCUCUCUCUCCAAUUGUCUAUAUAAUGAUGAUAUGUCCUCUUAGAUCAACUAAUUAAGGGACUUUAAUAACAAACUGGAAAAAAAAAGGCCACAUAGAAGGAACAACAUCUACAAAGGGCUAUCAAAUCCAUAAAAUGCAGGAAAUAAUCAUUCUAUCAAUAAAAUGUAUUCAAUAUUUCAUAAAUUAUUGUAUUUGCUUGUUCAAACUCCUGAAUAUCAGUAUUUUAAAUGGCAUAUGAUCUUAGCGGCUAAGUAGGAAAGGAUGACUAAAUGAUUUCUAGAAAUGAGUUGAUGCAGCUUUGUAACAUUACAUUUGAGAACUGAUUACAUUUCAUGAUUGUGUAGGAAAGGGCCUACUCCAUGGCAGGAAGAUCGGAUGCUUAUUUUGCUUCUAGCCGAGCAAAGGCUCUCGAGAUUGCUUAUUUCACAUAA